CUCCCAUUUUGGUGUCGUCAUCAGAACGCGACAUCCUUUCUCCUUCGCUUUAGAGUUUAUGAUCAAAGAGUUUCAGUAGUGGGGGGAAAACACAUUUGCCGCAGGCUGUGUUACGUCAUCAGUCAGCGCCCCCUUGGCUACGUCAUCAAUCUGCGCCCCUUUCAUCCCAAAGAGCCUGGUUUCUCCAAAGGGACUGAGGAGAGUCAGAAAGCCAUAAUGGCAGCUGUUGGCUUUGAAGAAUUCUCCGUUCCUCCUGGUUCUGAGCUGGCACUGCCUCCUCUUUUUGGUGGCAAUAUUCUGGAAAGUGAACUGGAGACAGAGGUAGAGUUUGCAGAUGGUGGAAUACAAGAAGAGGAGGAGGAAGAAGGUGCCCUGCGGCAACAGGAGAUGACACGACGCAAGUGCCAGGCACUUGCACGCCGCUGCAAGGAGUUAGAACAGGUGAAUGAGAGGAUGUUAAAUCGGUUGCAUCAGGUCCAGAGAAUAACACUACGGCUCAAACAAGAGCGAAGGUUUCUCAUGAGAGUGCUGGACUCAUAUGGUGAUGAUUACAGACAGGGCCACCUGGACAUAGUGCUGGAGGAUGAAGGGGGUCACGGCGCAGAUGCUCCAACCCCCGGCAACACGGAGAAUGAACCCCCCGAAAAAGACAUGCCGAAGUGCCCCUCGGGUCCUUUGCCUGCCCAUGAGCCUGAGACCCUUUCUCCAAGUGAGGGCCCAACCACCAAGAAGCGGCGGCGCCAUUUGCGAGAGGAAAAGGAAGGGAGGAUACGGCGAGUAGCCCAAACAUUACUCCCAGUGGAAGAAUUUCCUGCACAGGUUAAGUCUGAAGAAGAGUUCCAGUGUGAGCAGGAGGAUGUCCUUACCUCCACCUGGCAGCCAUCCAGCCCCCGAGACAAGUUACUCCAUUACCCCAAGUUUUCAAGUCCUGGGGCCUGUUCUGAUUUUGACUGAGCCAGUAGCUACUUCACCUAAACUCUAAAAGAGAUUCUGUAUGUCACUUGCAUCUGUUGCUUCCCACUGUGUUGAACAGACCACUAACUUGUCUACUGGGAAAGAGCACUAGGUCAAGGAACAUAAGAUGUGGAGCAUGGAAGCUUAGCACAUCUAAUGAACAGCUGACUCGAAUCAACACUGAAGGGAAAUUGCAAAGGUCAAUAUGAAUUGUAUUUAUCAAAUAAUGUAGAAGUCCGUAUUUAAUAGUACUGAAGCCACUAUGUAUUUGGAAUAGCUUUCCCUGGCACCUUCUAGAUAUGUGGGACUACAUCUUCUACUGUUGCCAAUCAGCGUGGUUGAGGAUUGUGAAAGUUGUAGUCCCACACAUCUGGAGAGUAUUGUAUUAGACAAAUGGAUUCUGUUUCACCUGUCUAAAAUCUUAAUGAGAGGUACCAGGUGGGAAUGGGCACACAGAGAUUAGCCUUCAUGUAUCUUAAAUGUCUUAGUGGAUGAGUUUGAAGAGAGAUAGGAGCAACUUAUGAAGGGUCAUAAGCGUUCAGCCUCUCUUUUGUUGUACUUUUGUGACUAGUACCUGUGAGUGAUAAUUGAUGUCCAUACUAGAGGAGGGAACCUACCACAGGCUCAAUGAAGUGGAUAGAAAGGUUACUGCUGUUUCAUGUGAUAACAUUCUCAAGAGAUGUUGUCUUCUACCAGGUGCUAAAGGAGAACUGAUCUCCUCUGGUUUUCACUGACAAGGCAAGAUGUUAAGAUGUCUCCUUACCAAUGGCACUAAGCAACACAUUAUUACAGACAGUUGCAUUCAAUGUCCAUUGGGGUGAGAAUCAUAUGGCCCCUAUUGGCUCUGCUGACUGACAGCAGAGAUUUGUACUUUUAAUAUCUGGAGGAUUCUCACCAAUGGCCCACAUGUAUCUAGGAGUGGUGGGAUGUGCUGUUCACCAUGAAUGGAGAGCACCAGCUUUCAGAAGACUAGAAUUAUGGCUUUUGCACUCAACAAGUUAGUUCUGUACCAAUAAAAGCCAAGCUUUGCAACGUGUAUCAGUUACGCUAGUUUAUCAGAGUCAUUGGUGUUUGAAAAUUUGUUCCUCCUCUGCCAAUCCAGAAAGAAAGUAUAUGCAAUACACUAACAGCAUUUCAUAUUCUUUCUUCCUAUAUGCUCUUGGGUCCCUUUUUAUAGAGUUUGAAGCUUGAUUUAUAAAAUAUACAAAACACAUCCUGCAAAGUACUACUACUCCUGAAUCUGA